GCCAAAAAUCAACAAAUUCAGCAAAGCGAUAAAACAUGAAAUUGUGAAUUAUUAAAAUAAACAAGGUGAUCAGCAUGAAUCAUGAGGAAAUAAAGUCAGUCGUGCAGGAAAAAUUCCUGCCUAGUGAGAGAGUAACCGCAUUCCUAUGUGACGCAAAAGUGUUUCAUCCAAAAUGGGUAAAAAAAGACAGACUUCUAGCAAUUGUAGAUUAUGGGGACGAAAAAGCAGUUUUUUGUUUAUUUACUUCAUGCUACCCUCCCAAGUCAUUCACAGAUUUAUCUAUCGAGAUCGUUUUACCCAUUGACAACAGCUUCAAAUGCGAAAUUGAUAAUAAGCCAUCGGACUCGGAAACUAUUCUUUAUUUAAACUUACAGUCUCAAGGCAGCAAAUUCAAGUUUGAAAUUCAAAUGACUCCUAGAGUCGAUAACUUUGUCGAUGAGCUGUUUCGAGGAAUUGAGUCCGCAAACAAAGUACAAAAGCAACAAGAAUUCACUUGGCUUAAAAAAUACAACAGUACAAGCGACGACGACAUCAUAGCUCAGAGUCUCGUUAUGCCGCGCCCGGGCGUGUCCCAGGGCUCGGCCCCGGUCGCCAUUAGAGAAAGUCUGAUCAAACGCAAAAUGUGUGAUAAAGAACUGGAAUACACUUACACUAGAAACUUUACAAUAUUUUGUGGGACCUGGAAUGUCAACGAUAAAUCUCCUGUUAUACCUCUCAAAGAUUGGUUGAGCAUCGAUAAAGAUCCACCUGAUAUGUAUGCUGUAGGUUUUCAAGAAUUAGACUUAUCAAAAGAAACAUUUCUCUUUGACCAAACUUUCCGAGAAGACGAAUGGUAUUCUGCUGUGUGCGCUAACAUCGACAAGAGAGCUAAGUAUCUCAAGGUAGAAAAGGUGAGACUCGUAGGUAUGCUACUAAUUGUUCUCAUUAAAAAAGAACACUUUCCAUAUGUCCGUAACAUAGUCUGUGAUACUGUUGGUACAGGAAUAAUGGGCAAAAUGGGUAACAAGGGUGGUGUGUCAGUGAGGUUUGACCUGCACAACACCAGUAUAUGCAUUGUUAACUCUCAUUUGGCUGCCCAUGUGGAGGAGUAUGAGAGAAGAAACCAGGACUUUAGGGACAUCUCCAACAGAGUGAGGUUUGUGCAACCCAACCAACUGCCUAAAGCCAUCAAAGACCAUGACCAAGUGUACUGGCUAGGGGAUCUCAAUUACAGAAUAACAGAGCUAGAUCCCCUAAAAGUUAAGAAACUAAUUGACGACAACAACUUUGCACCUGUGAUUGAGUUUGAUCAAUUGAAGCAGCAGCACAAACUUAGUACUGUGUUCGCCGGCUACACUGAGGGUACCAUUAACUUUAAACCCACCUACAAGUAUGAUCCCGGUACUGACAAUUGGGAUUCCAGUGAAAAGCAUCGGGCUCCAGCCUGGUGCGAUAGAAUCUUCUAUAAAGGUAGCAAAAUCACACAAUUAGCAUACAGGAGUCAUCCCACACUAAAUAUUAGCGACCAUAAACCGGUCUCAGCUCUGUUUAAGUCUGAAAUUAAAAUUGUGGAUGAUGAGAAAUACAGAAAAAUAUAUGAGGAAGUUAUCAAACAACUGGACAAAUUGGAGAAUGAAAUGAUUCCCCAGGUUAAUGUGGACAUAACUGAUGUUGACUUUGGAAUAGUUAAGUACUUGGAGCUGCAAGUAAGAACAAUCACAAUAACUAACACGGGCAAGUUACCAGUAGAAUUUGAAUUCAUCAAGAAAUUGGAUGAGGCCAGUUUUUGUAAAGAAUGGCUGAUUGUGGAACCAUACAAGAAGUGUAUCAGUGCAGAUGAGUCGUGUGAAAUACAACUCAAAGUUCUCAUAAACAAAACCUCAGCGUGUAAGAUGAAUGCUGGUACAGACAAGCUGUAUGAUAUUUUAGUUCUGCACUUGUAUGGAGGUAAAGACAUAUUCAUAACCGUCAAUGGCACAUAUCAGAGGAGCUGUUUUGGCUGUUCUAUCGAAGUCCUGGUCAAUCUCAACAUGCCAAUAAGAGAAGUCCCCUUGGGAAAACUAAUUGAACUCGAAAACAAAAGGGAUCAAUGUGUAUCUAAUCAAUCGACCUACUCAAUACCCAAGGAGAUAUGGUUUUUAGUUGACCAUAUUUAUUUACACGGCCUCAAGGAGCCCAAUCUGUUUGAGCAACCUGGAUUACAUGCGGAGGUACUCCAGAUUCGAGACUGGUUAGACAGCGGCUCCAUAGAUCCUAUUCCGGGCAGUAUCCACUCCGUUGCCGAAGCGUUGCUACUGCUGCUGGAGAGUACCUCGGACCCCAUCAUUCCAUACAAUCUGCAGGAGGUGUGCCUGCGCGCCUCCGCCAACUACUUGCAAUGCAAGCAAAUAAUAAUGGAGCUGCCAGAAUUUAGAAAAAACGUAUUUCUCUAUUUAUGUGAAUUUUUACAGGAAGCGUUGCAACAUAGUGCCGAAAAUGGACUAGAUUCUAAAACUUUAUCUACACUAUUUGGUGCAAUUUUUCUAAGAGACAAUCCUAACACGGUUCAGGUGCCCCAAUCUCGAAUAAACAAGCAGGUCAUAGAUAAGAAGAAAGCACAAUUUGUGUAUCAUUUUCUAGUUAAUGACCACAGUGACUUAAUAUUUGCCAGAUAACUUCAUCAUGUCAUUACUCAUUAAGUCAUUACCCAUGAUCAUCCAGUACAUGAGCAGAGAGUUUUACUGACAAGAGCUAAGUAGUGACAAUAUUUGUUUGUCCAAUGUAGACUUUAUUUAUUCAUGAGUGACCAUUGUUCGUAACUUUAAGUUAGCAUUAUAAUAUCUACGUAAAUAUUCCAUGUUAGAAAGAGUCAAUAAAAUUGAAUCUUUUAAUAAUUAAGUAUAUUAUCUAGUAAUUUACAUUCAUUUUUGUGAAAAAGCU